AUGCAGCAAGACUAUCAGACUAGCGGACCGCCCGAUUUGGCUCAGCUCCAGGCCACCAUGCGUACUAUCGAGUUAGCCUGCAGUUCCAUCCAGAUGCAUGCCAAUCCCAGUGAAGCUGAGGCAGCCAUUUAUUCUCUAUGCCGAUCUCCUCGACCAUAUCAAGCAUGCCAAUAUAUUCUUGAAAAUUCUCAGUUGGCAAAUGCAAGGUUUCAAGCUGCUGGAGCAAUUCGAGAUGCAGCCAUUCGAGAAUGGGCCUUUCUCACAAUUGACGAUAAGAGAGGCUUGAUUGGCUUUUGUUUGCAGUAUGUCAUGCAACAUGCCGCUUCAACUGAAGGUUAUGUCCAAGCCAAAGUGGCCUCUGUGGCUGCUCAGCUGUUGAAGAGGGGCUGGCUAGACUUUCCAGUUGCUGAUAAGGAAACUAUUUUUCUUCAGGUGAAACAUGCUGUAACUGGGAGCCAUGGUGUUGAUGUGCAGUUUGCUGGUAUCAUUUUUCUAGAAUCCUUGGUAUCUGAAUUUGCUCCAUCUACCUCAACUGCUAUGGGACUUCCUAAAGAAUUUCAUGAACAAUGCCAGGCAUCAUUGGAGAUGGAUUAUUUGAAGAAUCUAUACUGUUGGGCUCAAGAUGCUGCUGCAAAUGUCACAGAUAGAAUAAUUGGGUCUGUCUCUGCUGUACCGGAAGGAAAAGUGUGUUCUGCUGCAUUGCGUCUUAUGCUUCAAAUCUUGAACUGGGACUUCCGGUACAACCGAGGUACGGGUGAUGUCAAUAGAAGAGGCAACGAUGCUUUCGGAGUAAAGUACGACAGCUCUUCACUCCGGAAAAUUGAGUGUAACUUGGUGCAGCCUGGUUCCUCUUGGCGUGAUGUGCUCAUAACAAGUGGUCAUGUUGGUUGGCUGUUGAAAUUGUAUGCUGCUCUGAGGCAGAAAUUUUUAUGUGAAGGUUAUUGGCUUGACUGCCCCCUUGCUGUGUCUGCCAGGAAACUCAUAGUACAGUUCUGCUCCUUGACUGGCACUAUAUUCCCACCUGAUAACGGGCAUGUGCAAGGCCAGCACCUCUUCCAACUGCUAUGUGGAGUUAUAGAGUGGAUUGACCCUCCAGAUGCAGUUGCCAAAGCAAUAGAAAAUGGAAAAAGUGAAAGUGAGUUGUUGGAUGGUUGCCGUGCACUUCUAUCUGUUGCAACCGUAACAUCCCCAAUUAUCUUUGAUCAACUCAUAAAAUCUAUAAGACCUUAUGGAACUCUUCAUCUUCUAUAUACAUUGAUGGCUGAAGUCAUUAAAAACCUUAUGGCAAACUUCACAGAAGAAGAGACGUGGAGCUGGGUGGCACGUGAUAUCUUGUUAGAUACCUGGACUACAUUACUGAUGCCAUUGGAUAGCACUAGUCGUGAUUCUUUCCUUCCAUCAGAAGGGAUCAAUGCUGCUGCUAAUCUUUUUGCCUUGAUAGUGGAGUCUGAGUUAAAGGUUGCCUCUGCAUCUGCCUUUAAUGAGGAGAACGAGACAGAUUACUUUCAGGCUUCUAUUGUUGCCAUGGAUGAACGAUUAAGUGCCUAUGCCCUCAUUGCUCGAGCAGCUAUCGAUAUAACAGUUCCUCUACUGUCGAAGAUUUUCUCAGAACGUUUUGCGAAGCUUCAUCAGGUCAGAGGCGUUAGUGAUCCAACUGAAACUUUGGAAGAGCUCUACUCACUGUUACUGAUAACUGGGCAUGUUUUGGCUGAUGAAGGACAGGGUGAAACGCCCUUGGUUCCAAUGGCUAUACAGACCCAAAUUAUGAAUUUGGUGGAACCAGAAAAUCAUCCAGUUGUGGUGCUUUCAGGAUCAAUCAUAAACUUUUCAGAACAAAGUUUAGAUGCAGAUAUGAGAUCAUCGUUUUUCAGUCCUCGACUUAUGGAGGCGGUCAUAUGGUUCCUUGCUAGAUGGACUAGUACUUAUCUUUUGACACCUCAAGAAGUUAAAGGGAGUAACAGCACUUCAGAUAUUUCCAAGGAAGCUCUACAAGAGUCGGAAAAGUCAAAGAAAAUUAUGCUUCGUGUUUUUGGAGAGUAUGAUAAGGGCAAGUAUAUUCUUGAUGUGAUUGUUCGCGUUGCCACAACAGUUCUUGUUUCAUAUCCUUUUGAGAAGGAUUUACAGGAGCUAAAUUGUUCUCAAUUGCUUCAUGGACUUGCUAAGCAGAAGAGUAUUUCUCAACAUCUUCUUACUUUGGACUCAUGGCGUAAUUUAGCAAAUGCUUUUGCGAGCGAAAGAAUUCUGCUGUCCCUAAACCCUAUUCAUCAGCGGUCACUGGCUCAAACCCUUGCUCUUUCUGCAUCUAGUAUGAUAAAUUCAGAAGAAGCAAACUUAUUCAUUAGGAAUUUAACGAACCACAUGACAACUUACCUGCUGCAACUGUCUGGGAGAAAUGAUCUAAAAAAUGUUGCUCAACAACCUGAUAUUAUAAUGCUGGUAAGUUGUUUGUUCGAGCGGCUACGUGGGGUUGCAAGUGCUUCAGAACCUCGAACACAGAAAGCAAUUUAUGAAAUGGGGUGCUCCGUCUUGAAUCCAAUUUUGAUUUUCCUUGAUAUUUACAGACAUGAGUCUGUAGUUGUCUAUCUUCUACUCAAAUUUGUCGUGGAUUGGAUUGAAGGCCAAAUUAUCUACCUAGAAGCACAUGAAACUGCUGCUGUUAUUGAAUUCUGCAUGCGUUUGCUUCAGAUUUACUCUUCACACAAUAUUGGCAAGAUUUCGAUCAGUGCUUCAAGCAGCCUACAGAGUGAAGCAGAUACUGAAAAAUAUAAGGAUUUGCGGGCCCUCCUACAAUUGCUUGCAAAUCUCUGUUCCAAGGAUAUGAUUGAUUUUUCAUCAGAUCCUAUAGAGGCUCAUGGCACAAACAUUUCGCAGGUAGUGUAUAUGGGCCUUCACAUAGUGACACCCCUAAUAACACAAGAACUGCUCAAAUAUCCCAAACUUUGUCAUGAUUACUUCGCUCUUCUCUCACACCUGUUGGAGGUUUACCCUGAGACUGUCAUGCAAUUAAAUAAUGAAGCCUUUACUCAUAUUGUCGGAUCUCUGGAUUUUGGUCUUCAUCAUCAGGACUCUGAAGUAGUUGAUUUAUGUCUAAGAGCUUUAAAAGCACUCUCGUGCUACCAUUACAAGGAAAUUGGUGCUGGAAAAGUAGGGUUAGGGUCUUAUGCAGCAAGUUAUGUGGAUCCUGCUGGAAAUAGUCAAGAAGGUAUUCUUAGCCGGUUCCUGCGGUCAUUGCUUCACAUUCUCCUUUUUGAGGAUUACAGCUCGGAUCUUGUCAGCCUUGCUGCUGAUACUCUUCUCUCCUUGAUCUUGUGUGAACAAUCUCUCUUUCAGAGAUUGGGGAGUGAGUUAAUUGAAAAGCAGGAGAACCCAGCAUUCAGAUCUAGGUUGGCUGAUGCACUACAUAAUCUUACAAGUGCAAACAAUCUGUCUUCAACACUUGAUCGAAAUAAUUACCAAAAAUUCAGGAAAAAUCUGCAUAACUUUCUAAUUGAAGUUCGCGGGUUUCUUCGCUUAAUAUGA